AUGGCUUGUAGGUGGCUGGGAGUAGGGGCCUCCAUGUGCCAGAGGUCACUCCAGGACCAGGAACAGAUGGAGGAGAAUGAGGUCAGCCAUCCGGAGACCUCUUGUGGGGCCCUCAGCUCCAGGCACAGCCAUUUCCAGAUAAGGCUGCCCUUGAGAGCAGUAAGCCUCAAUCCAUGGGCAGGGCCCCCCUAGAAAUGCCUGGAAACCCCAGAGCCGGGCCUCCAGGCUGUUGCUCACUCAGUUAAGAACGCCUUAGGUGGUAUGACCCAGAGAAUCCAGGAGUCCUGCCAAAAUGGCUCCAAGUAGCCUGUGGCAACUCCAAGAGCCUGGAGGAGCAGGAGAGGAGCACAGAGGGACAGUAGCACUCCUCACAGCCUGGGCCAGAACAGCCCUUGGGUGUCUGGAGCUACCCUUCCAGCUCAACCCUGGCUUGUGGAUGAGGGAUUAUCACACAACUCUGUCCAGACAGGCCCACAUGCCUACCCACUGCAAGGGGCUGAUUUCCAGAGCCCCUGCUCUGUGACAGAGGCCUCCUCCCCCAGUGAAUCCAAUAGUGACCUAGAGCCUGUGAGAGCUAGGGUUCAGCACCUCCAGUUGCUGUCUCAAGAACUGGCUGAGGCCAUUGUGGCUGAAGGGAGAGGCCACAUGACUGUUUCUCUCAUUUGUGACUGA